CCGGGACUGAACGGGAGAGUUGGGUUGCGGAGGUGGGGACGCUGUGUGACUCGGCUGCCGGUGGGUUUUCCGCUCGGAUUUGUCCAGCUUCAGGUUCCAUGGAAUGGACAUUGGUACUAUAGGGAGACUGGAUUAUAUGCAUAAAAGUUCACCCUUUCAGUCGAAAACCAUGGCUACUGGAUUGACAAACAUAGGGAAUGCUUUUGGAGGUCAGGCCUCUACUACUUUCCAGAGUACUCCUAUUGAUGAUGAUGACGACGAUGUUGUCUUUGUUGAACCGGUGCAGGUUCCACAAAAUAAUGUACGUAAUGAACAGAGAAGCUUUCCUUCAUCGAAAAAUGAACAUUAUAGGGCAGACUCAAAAUCACUUUCUUCCAGCAAGGAUUCUGAUUCUCUUAAAGGGCCCAUAAGUGAGACAAUCAUCAUUGAUGAUGAGGAAGACCUUGAACCUUGCCCUGUGCAAGACAAAAAUGCUUCCAGCUUCAGUGACAGACGACUCAUGGACAAUAACAGACCCAUCAAUGUGGAUUUUCCUUCCUCUUCAUCCAGCUUCUCGAGAAGCAAAGGGAAUGCUGGGAUCAUUAGUAGUGGUAUUACUACUGAGCCCGAUUCAGAAAUACAGAUUGCAAAUGUCACCACUUUAGAAUCUGGCAUAAGUUCUGUGAAUGAAAACCAUAUUCAAAGUGCUGAAGGACGUGAUAUGAACUUAAUGAUUACCCAUGUAACAUCGUUGCAGAACCCUGGUAUGGGAGACGUUCACAAUGGAUUGCAACCAAAUAGUUUUGGUGUUCAUGUACAAACGUACCCUCCUCCCCUUUCCUCUCAGACUAAGGCAGGGAUGGGUCCAUACAACCCUGGAAGAAAUGCUAGUGGAGAUGUUUUUCAAAAUGGAGAAUCUGCAGCCCAUCAUAACCCUGAUUCUUGGAUAUCCCAAUCCGCUUCUUUUCCCAGGAACCAAAAGCAGCCAGGAGUGGAUUCUUUGUCACCUGUGGCCUCCCUUCCCAAACAGGUCCUUCAGCCUCCUUCACAGCAGCAGCCACCUUCCAAAGCUGUUAAAGUCACUUGUGCAAACUGCAAGAAGCCUCUCCAAAAAGGACAGACCGCGUAUCAACGGAAAGGCUCUACGCACCUGUUCUGUUCCACUCCUUGCUUGUCAUCGUUUUCACAUAAACCAGCUCCAAAGAAGCUCUGCACUAUGUGUAAAAAGGAUAUUACAACAAUGAAAGGAACAAUUGUUGCUCAGGUUGACUCGAGCGAAUCCUUUCAGGAAUUCUGCAGUACGUAUUGUUUAUCGGUGUAUGAGGACAAGCAGAAUUCUUCCAAAAAUCAAAACAAAUCAAGAUGCACUAUUUGUGGCAAAUUAACAGAGAUCCGCCAUGAAGUUAGCUUUAAGAACAUGACCCAUAAGCUCUGCAGUGAUCACUGCUUCAAUCGAUACAGGAUGGCAAAUGGCCUGAUCAUGAAUUGCUGUGAACAGUGUGGAGAAUAUUUGCCGAGCAAAGGAGCCGGGAAUAAUGUACUUAUGGUUGAAGGCCAGUGGAAGAGGUUUUGCAGCCCUGUCUGUCUCAGUGAUUUUAAGCUGAAACAUGGCAAGCUGACCAGCUGCACGGGAUGCAAGGCUCAGUGUCGUGGCUUCGAUAUGACCCAGUGCAUCGGAACAAACGGAAACAUGGAGCCAUACUGCUCGACGACGUGUAUGAACACCCACAAAGCAAAAAAUGCAAAACCUCAAACCCAGAAUGCGGGGAUUAUAUGUCAUUUUUGCAAAAGAAACUCCUUACCUCAGUAUCAAGCCACAAUGCCUGACGGGAAGCUAUACAACUUCUGUAGUUCUGGAUGUGUAGCAAAGUUCCAGACUCUCAGCGUGCAAACGUCUUCUACAAACGGUCAGCAUGUCAGCAGCGACGUUCAGUUGAAAUGCAAUUACUGUAAAAAUGUUUUUUCUUCCAAGCCGGAAACACUGGAGUGGGAGAAUAAAGUGCAUCAGUUCUGCAGUACCAAUUGUUGUGAGGAUUACAAGAAGCUGCACUGUAUAGUUACGUACUGUGAAUACUGUCAGGAAGAGAAGACUUUACACGAUACCGUGAAAUUUUCUGGAGUCAAGAAGCCGUUCUGCAGUGAAGGCUGUAAGCUUCUGUAUAAGCAGGAUUUUGCAAGGCGACUUGGACUGAAAUGUGUGACUUGCAACUACUGCUUUCAGAUAUGUAAAAGGGGAGCGACUAAAGAGUUUGAUGGCACACUAAGGGACUUUUGUAGUGAAGAUUGCAGUAAGAAGUUCCAGGAUUGGUACUAUAAGGCUGCAAGGUGCGAUUGUUGUAAAACCCAAGGAACCCUUAAUGAAAAAGUUCAGUGGCGAGGAGCUGUAAAAAACUUCUGUGAUCAGCAGUGCUUAUUGCGUUUUUAUAGCCAGCAGAAUGAACCCAAUAUGUCUACACAGAAGGGGCCGGAAAACAUGCAUUACGAUCAGGGAGUUCAAGCCACACGCGGACGAACUCUGGGUUCCUCGUCUUCCCCUGCGGUGUCUAAGGACAUGAAGAAUAAAGCUGUACUCUGCAAACCUUUAUCGAUGACGAAAGCUACCUACUGCAAACCCCACAUGCAGGGGAAGUCUUGCCAGACAGAGGAAGACGCGAAUACAAAGUAUGUCCCGGUACCCGUCCCUGUACCGGUAUAUGUGCCGGUUCCUAUUCCGCUGUACAGCCAGACCGUUCCGGCUCCCGCUGCAAUCCCCGUUCCCGUCCCGAUUCCAAUUUUUCUGCCCGCUCCCCUGCUUAAUAAUGACCUUAUUGACAGCAAAGUAAAAAUGACUGAAGAAACAGGAGAUAGAGAAGAGAUAGAGAAGAGUCCUCCACCACCUGAUGAGCUUGAUGCGUUGAGCUUGGCAGAAACGACACCUGAAGAGAGAGCGGUCUGUGAAGAAAUCUCCGGUGAAGUGGAGCCAGACAUGGAACUGAUUCAAGUUUGCCAGGAAGAAGAGCGAUCCCCAUUGCCGGAUAUACCUUAUGACUCUGAGUUAGAUCUUGAAGUAGAUUUCCCAAGAGAUACCGAAGAACUUGGUACAGAAAAUGAGUUUCUCCUGCCGCCCGUGUUUGGAGAAGAGUAUGAGGAGCUGCCUAAACCACGGCCAUUUAAAAAAGGCACAAAGCGAAAAGCACUUUCAGUUUCCCCGGCAGCUGAUGAUGGCUCUGAGCGCUCUGUGUUUCCAUUUAAGUAUUCUUAUGGCAUAAAUGCUUGGAAGCACUGGACUAACACCCAGGCAAUAACCAGAGAUGACUUACCAGAGGUGCACGAACCGAGCAGCACAACAUCUGUAAAGUUAAAGGAGGACCUUCUGACGCACACUCCAGGUGAACUUAACUCUUUGCUGUCCCGCUUCGUCAAAGAGAUCCGAAGACCAAAUGGAGAAAGCUAUGCACCUGACAGCAUUUAUUAUCUCUGCCUUGGGAUUCAAGAGUUCCUGUCCAGAAGCAGUAGAAAGGACAAUGUAUUUAUUGAUCCAGACUACCAGGAAUUUGGGCAUGAGUUAAAUAAAAUCCUUAAACAUUGGCAGCCAAGCAUUCUUCCAGAUGGAUCUAUAUUCUCUCGAGUAGAAGAAGAUUAUUUGUGGCGGGUAAAUCAGCUUGGAACGCAGUCACCCAUGUCGCUCCUGUUUACACUUUUCUACUUCAAUACCAAGUAUUUCAAUCUGAAGACUGUAGAACAGCAUUUGCGGCUUUCGUUCGGUACGGUUUUUAGACGAUGGAAAAAUAACCCCCUGACUAAAGAAAAUAAAGCUUGCCUUCAGUACCAAGUGUCAUCGUUGUGUGGGAGCGACAGCGAGGGGUCCUGUGGUAAAAGAAAACAUGAGGAUGAAGAGCCAGUAUUUGAACAAAUUGAGAACACCGCGGAUCCAUCAAGGUGCCCUGUGAAAAUGUUUGAGUACUAUUUAUCCAAAAGCCCGCAGAAUCUGAAUCAAAGAAUGGAUGUUUUCUAUAUGAAACCUGAAAGCUCUGCGUCGUCCGGGUCCCCUCUUUGGUAUACAUCAACCGCGUUGGAUAGAAACACCUUAGAAAAUAUGCUUAUACGGGUUCUUCUCAUCAAGGAUAUCUAUGAAAAAAACAGCUAUGAACUGGACGAAGACACAGACUAAAACGAUUCACCGGUCGCAGGAAUGGAAACAGCAUUAGAUAGUAAACCUGCUAGAACUAGUAACAAGAGUAACAACAUUUCAUGUUUACUCCCCAUGUAUUUUAUGAGUUUUGUAGCUCUGUACCCAGAUUGUGGGUACUUCAUUGUAAAUAUGUGUGACAUCUGCCAUUUUCCUAGUAGUACAUUUUAGGAUACGUAACACACACAGCUCAUUUUUUUAUUAUUUAUUUGGUUAGUUAAGUAACUUUUUACAUUAUAAAAUAUGGAUGCGAAUGUGCCAUGUUUAUUUUUUUUUGUUUGCCCCCCCCCCCCCGUCGAAACCAAUGUUCAUAUUGCACAAUUGUACUGCUGCGAAGCUUCCUUUUUAUAGAGGAGCUUUUACCGAGUUCUCCAAUUGGUUUGGGUAGCACUACGAAAAUUUCGAGAAAUGCUGUGUAUAAGGAUUUUAAAAAGAAAAAUUCUAAUCUCAACAUUAUAAGGAUUUUUUUAAAAACUUGAAUUAAAAAGACCUUAUUAGUUUAUGUAAAAAUAUUCCGUAUUCUGUACCAAAAAUUAGGCAACUGAAGAUGCUGUUAAUAUUUGUGUACUGUAACAUGAAACUAUACCUGUGACAACUUUUUUUUAUUUUAUUUUUUUUCCCCCCAUUUCUGCUUAAUUUCCCCCAUUCUGAUUAAAGCAUUGCCAUGUCUUUCCUUUUUAUGUGAUUCUUAUACUGACACCCAGAAAAUAAAGUCUCUUAAUUUCUGUCUAUAAAACACAA